UUUUUAUUCAAAAAUAUCGAUGUAUUGAUACUUGAUUUUUUCCACAUCCUUGAGAGUCCAGCCAUCGGUACAUCGAUGAUUCUGCACACCCCCGCGAUGUCCUCGAACUGAACGGAUUUGGGAGUCCAGCCACAGAAUGUCCUCGAAGCAGUCCCCCGCCGCCGUUGCUGCGGCCGUGGCCAGCUGCAAACUGAAGAAGCAGCAGCGCCGUCGUCUGGCGGCCUUCGACUUUGACCACACGAUCGUGUCCCAAAACACAGACACCGUGGUCCGCGAUUUGCUGCCCACAGAAGUGACCAGCGCCCGCGCCAACGAGCUGGUGGAGAACGACUGCUGGACGGAGUACAUGGCCGAGGUUUUCCGCCUGCUGCAUGAGCAACAGGUGCCGGAGGCGCGGAUCCGGGACACCAUCCGGGGCAUCCCGGAGGUGCCCGGAUUCGUGCGGCUGAUCAAGCACCUGGCCAAGCGGCUGCACUACGACCUGAUCAUCAUCAGCGACUCUAACAGCGUCUUCAUCGAGGAAUGGCUGCGGGCGCACAACCUGGCCGACUGUUUCGUGGCCGUCUUCACCAAUCCGGCGGAGUUCGACGCCUCCGGACGGCUUUUAGUCCGGGCUCACCAUCAGCAGUCGGACUGCAAGCUGAGCGCCAGCAAUCUGUGCAAGGGCCGCGUCCUGGAGCACUUUGUCAUCGAGCAGGACCUGCGGCGCAGCAUCCGGUACGACCAUGUUUUUUACGUGGGCGACGGCAACAACGAUAUCUGCCCCGUGCUGCGGCAGCGGGCCUGCGACUUUGCCUGCGCCCGCAAGGGCUUCGCCAUGGAGAAGCAUCUGCUGCGCAACCGCAGCAAGUUAAAGCUGCGCGCCCAGCUGCUGAUCUGGAAGAGCGGCUUUGACCUGAUGGACCAGAUGCUGGCCCUGCCGCAGCUGAAGACCCCGCAGCUGCAGGACGAUGCAGAUCAGGAUGACGAAGCCGAGGCUCCUGACGUGGCGGCUCGGCGAGCAUCGGCGGUGGCUCCCGGCUCGACCAAGUCGCCGAAUUAGGAAGGCAUUUAAGGUAUACGCAUUUGAGACCUCCACGAGUAAGUAGAAACGAUUGCCAUCGCAGAACCGUAGUAUCACUUGUGUGUGGGGUCGCGAAUUUUUUAGUACAGGCUGGUAUAGAAGAACGCGAAUUCUUUUGAGAAUUCCUUAAACAGGCGAGUUGGAAAAUCGAGAUGUUGGAUUUUUUGGUGAUGCUUCGAUGCUAAUCAUACGGUUCUACGAUGCCAGGAAGUACUCGUGAAGGUCUUAAAUCCACAUCCCAUGCACAACCCAAUCAUCAUUGUCUCCCGGCUCGACCAAGUCGUCGAAUUAGGAAGGCAUUUAAGGUAUACGCAUUUAAGACCUCCACGAGUAAGUAGAAGCGAUUGCCAUCGCAGAACCGUAGUAUCACUUGUGUGUGGGGUCGCGAAUUUUUUUAGUACAGGCUGGUAUAGAAGAACGCGAAUUCUUUUGAGAAUUCCUUAAACAGGCGAGUUGGAAAAUCGAGAUGUUGGAUUUUUUGGUGAUGCUUCGAUGCUAAUCAUACGGUUCUACGAUGCCGGGAAGUACUCGUGAAGGUCUUAAAUCCACAUCCCCAUGCACAACCCAAUCAUCAUUGUUCCAUCAUGUGGUCUGGUCUGUUUUAUGUUUAAUCCCCUCCCUCCCUUUACUGCACCAACUAUGCCAAGUAUGAUAGGUGGAUCUGUGUGCCAGGACUCUAACCUGCAGAAAACACAUUGUCUCUCAAACAGUACAAUUUCAGUGGUGUGUGCGCCAGUUCAAGGAGUCAAUUUUUGGCUGCGGCUGUUAAUGUUUAAUCCAUGUGUGUAUAUUGUAACUUGUUGUAAUUGAAUUUAUCGCAAGCUGUAUAUGAGUGUCCAUAUUAUAUGCAUUUUAAUGUGUGUUUUGCCGUUACUGCA